AUGGAUCGGCAAAACUCCGAUGACAUCAUGAGAUUUCUCGACGGAAUGGCUAGCUCCGACGACGUUCUCUUCGGUUUUCUCGACGAAGGAAACCAAACACCGGAAGAUUUCCCGGACUCCGGCAACCUCAACGGCGCCGGAGAUGAAGAAGACGAUCACGACCACGACCACGACAAUAGCAAUUCUGAAGAAAACAGAGCUUUUUGGCAGGAACAAGAACAACUUCUUCAGGGAACACUUUAUAGAACAAGUUCGAUCGAGACAAAGAUACGACAAGCGACAAAGGAAGCAUUGAAACAAGUUAAAUCAAAGGGUCUUCUUUGUGUCUGCCAGCGACCGGUAGACGGAGGUUGCCGGAGCUGCUUACGUGGCGAAAUCUCACGACAUCUCCGAGAUGUGGCCGGCUACGAUUGCGUCAUCUCUAAAUCCAAGUGGAGAAGCUCUCAAGACAUCCCUGCAGGGGAACAUGAAUACAUAGAGAUCGUGGACCGAUCGGGUUCGAAGAAAGGAGAGAUGCGAGUGGUGAUCGAGUUAUCGUUUAGGGCUGAGUUCGAGAUUGCUAAAGGCAGUGAAGAUUACAAGAGACUCAUUGGUCGAUUGCCGGAAGUUUACGUCGGAAAAACAGAGAGACUUCGAUCUCUGAUCAAGAUAUUGUGCCUUGCGGGAAAGAGAUGCUUGAGAGACAAGAAAAUGCAUAUGGGUCCUUGGAGAAAACACAAGUACAUGCAAGCCAAGUGGCUUGGCACGUGCGAUAGAUCGAGCUCUUUGGAAGCGGCGGUUUCAGAGACGACGGAACCGGAGAAUUGGGUGCCGCCGGUGAAGCCUAGGGUUUCUAUGUUGAACUACAAUGAUCUUCUAGGUGGUUUGUCCGGUGGAAUGGCCCGUCCUGUAACGGUCGUGUGA